AUGGCAUUUAAAUCGAGCCUUCGAUUGGAACCUCACCACAUUUUGUCCAGAAAUUGGAGCUCAGACACACACUUCUGCAGCUGGUAUGGAGUUUCAUGCUUGCACCAGAGAGUUGUAGCUUUGCAACUUCCUAAUUUGGCCAUUCAAGGCAGAGUUUCUUCAGAAAUUGCCAACUUGACUCAACUUGCUCUUCUUGACCUUAGUAGCAAUGAUUUGAAUGGCAAUUUACCAAGUGAGUUGGGCUUCUUGCAACAACUGAGACUUUUUAAUGUGACUGGGAAUUCUCUUGAUGGAACUAUUCCUCUGAAUAUAAGCCGUUGUCGUGUACUGCAAGAACUUCAUUUAUCAGAUAACAUGAUCAAAGGAAGCAUACCUCAAGAACUUGGCCUGUUAAGUCAACUUAGAAUUUUGCGUCUCAACGACAAUAAUCUGACAGGAAAGAUUCUACCUUUAUUAGGAAACUUAUCAAAGCUGGAAUAUUUUUAUCUGCAUGAAAAUGAUUUGGAAGGUGAAAUACCUGAUGAAAUUGGUGAUCUUACCAAUUUGAGGCUCCUUUCCUUUCGUGGCAAUGAUUUCACUGGAGCGAUACCUGCUUCAAUUUUCAAUAUUUCAAGAUUGCAAAUUGUGGAUCUCUCGAUAAAUGCCUUAUCAGGGGAACUUCCAAGUGAUUUGGGUAAUUGUUUUCCUAUCCUUGAACAUCUUUUUCUGGACAGCAACAGGAUCACGGGGAAAAUCCCGGUUUCUUUAUCAAAUGCAUCAAAGAUUACUCAUCUCUUCUUCACUGAAAAUGAUGUGCAAGGAAAUAUUCCAAAUGAGUUUGCUUAUUCAAUAUUUCGUCUCUUGAAAUCCUCAAAGCCAGGCAUAAUUACUUAA